AUUAUGCCUUCGAAUUCAUCACUGAAGGAACAAUGCUGAAGGGCUUCUUUGUAGCCACCUUCGAUCAGCCUCCCCCUUUCGAAUUGUUUCUCAUGGACCCAGACAUUAACCAGGAAUUAUGGACUGCUAGAAUCACAAAAGGGGACUGGGCGGACAAGGAGGAACCAAAGCCAAGGAAAAUAACGGAAGUGCAGAGCUCAUGCCAAAAAAAGAAGGCCCGUUUGGAAGUGAUGCCGAAUAACAUUCCUUUGUUGCCAGAAACAAACCGAGGUCAGGCUCUGUCCGGUAAGCAGCUCCUGCAGGUGGCCGAAACGCUGGGACAGGAGUGGAGGCGGGUGGGCGUCUACUUGGACCUGAGCACCACAGAUCUGGACGACAUCAAGGCAGAGGAAGCGGAUGUGACCAUGCAAAAACUGAAGAUGUUGGAGCUGUGGAAGCGCCGAACACCAAGCGAGGCCACAGCACAGGACCUGCUGAGAGGUCUGGAGGACCUGAAGGACCUACCUGUCGAGACCCGUCAGUUAUUGAGAGACUGGAUAAAUGGUACCCUGACACAACCAGGUCGCUAAGCAAAUGCGUAACAGUGUGUUUUAUUUUUCUUUGGCUCAAAAACAAAGAAGCAGUAGCCUGACUGCUAUGUUCAAGGCAGUAUGUUUUUUAUGUUCAUCGUUUAAUUGCACUAUAAGCUUUUAUUUUGUUUCGUCCUGUUUUGAUCAGUAUAUGCCAAUGUUGUUAUCAAUAAAAAAACAUUUUCACAAGGCAAGCCGAUGCACUUCUCCAUGGUGAUAAGAGCAUUAAAAUGAGAACAAUUAAUGGGACGAAGAAAUCAAGGGAUAUUUAGCAUAGAAAAAAGAAUUGCGACUAAUCAUAAGUUAACUAUGACAAUAAUGUGAUUAAUCACGAUUAAAUAUUUUAAUCGCUUGACAGCACUAAAGCUGUUGGGUCAACAAUGAAAAUUCAGUAGAUUCAUGUGUAAUGUUAUUCAUGGCACCUGAAAAAAUAGGUGUAUGAUGUCAGAACAUUUGAAUAAACAUAGUAUAUAUGCGCUUCGAAAUUCCUCCUGCUA